CCUUCAGGUAGGAGGUAUUCCCUCACUGCUCUGUGCUUAAAUACCCCACGUCCUCCAAUUUUCGGAAGGGGUAUCCGGUGGAGGAGCGAAAAACCCCCCCAAACGGCUAUAAUUGACGUUACAAAGACAGAUAUGAUUGUAAUAGCAGAGAGCGCAAUAGACAGACAUCUUUGGGCCUUAAAGAUCGUAGCUUUGUAGGGUUCGACUCUCUAUUUCCCCAGAUUUUCACUGCAAUCUAGUCCUUUGUUUUCUUCAAGGGGUUUUCGCUGGGCUGCUUUUUGCCCAGGGAUUCAUCAGGGAGGAAGUUCUCCUUGUUUUCAUUUUCAGAGUGAACCUCACCAUGUCUGAUGGGUAUUCUAAUUCGAAGAAGACUGACGACAUCUGCGAGGAUGUUUGUGGUCAGUUGAUGGAUUGGCGCUCUCAUUGACAGGCUCCCCCCACCCCUCUGCUUCAAAAUCCUCAGGGUACAUAUGCAGUGUUGAGCAUGUCAAGACUUCGCUGUAUUUUAAGAGGGCUACACCUCAAUGUGUUGCUGCUUUUAUUUGUGUUCAUUCCAGCCGGCAUCUUUGUUAUCUACCUGCAUGGGCAGAAAAUAACAUACUUCUUGAGACCACUUUGGGAAUCUCCUCCAAAGCCCUUCCAUGAAAUUCCUCACUAUUAUCAUGAGAAUGUAUCGAUGGAGACACUUUGUAGACUUCAUGGUUGGGGAAUUCGUGAAUCACCCCGACGAGUUUUUGAUGCUGUCUUGUUCAGUAAUGAACUCGACAUCCUUACCAUUCGUUGGCAAGAAAUGAGUCCGUACGUGACACAGUUUGUGCUUCUUGAAUCAAACUCAACAUUUACAGGAAUGCCCAAACCGUUGGUUUUUGCUACCAACAGGGAGAAAUUCAGUUUUGCUGAGCCCCAACUGACGUAUGGGGUCAUUGGAGGAAGAUUUAAGAAGGGGGAGAAUCCUUUUGUUGAAGAAGCAUAUCAAAGGGUGGCCCUGGACCAGCUUCUGAGGAUAUCAGGUAUAGAAGAUGAUGAUCUCUUGAUCAUGUCUGAUGUUGAUGAGAUUCCUAGCGCCCACACAAUCAAUCUCUUGAGAUGGUGCAAUGACAUUCCACCUAUUCUUCAUCUGCAAUUGAGGAAUUACCUGUACUCUUUUGAGUUCUAUCUAGACAACAAAAGCUGGAGAGCAUCGGUCCAUCGAUACCAGAGGGGUAAGACUAGGUAUGCCCACUUUAGACAAUCUGAAGUCUUGUUAUCAGAUGCUGGUUGGCAUUGUAGCUUUUGUUUCCGCCGUAUCAGUGAGUUCGUAUUCAAGAUGAAAGCGUACAGCCAUUAUGAUCGCGUGAGGUUCCCUCAUUACCUGAACCCGGAUAGGAUUCAGGACGUGAUAUGCAAAGGAGCUGACCUGUUCGACAUGCUUCCUGAGGAGUACACAUUUAAGGAAAUUAUUGGGAAGAUGGGACCGAUUCCUCAUUCUUUCUCAGCAGUACAUCUUCCAGCAUAUUUGUUGAAUAAUGCGUCGAAAUACAAGUAUUUGUUGCCUGGUAAUUGCAGAAGAGAAAGUGGCUGACUUUGAAAUUGUGAUGUUUCCUUGAAGAUUGGAGAUUGAUAGUGUAUACGGCCAAGACCAGCUCUAUUGAAAUGAUAAUGAUUCACAGCUUUGAAUUUAGGCUCAUUCUUUAGAGAUAGACUGGGACGAAAUUUCAGAAUUUUAAGAGGAAGCUCUAUAAUAUUCAUUGACUGGGGCCUUGUAACAGCACUGUAAGAUUUGAGCCUUUCAGUUUUUUUUUUUUUUUGGGGGGGGGGGGGUAGAUGUAAUGAGAAAUAGUGUUGUGGCUUUUGACAAGCCUUUGUAUCUUCCCUUUAAUAUUAAGUAGCAUGAGAUUUCCCCAAUGUUUUCUCAUGGGAAUUUGUAUUGGCUUGGUAACGUUAUUGGAGUUUUGAUAAACUCAACUGAGGCUUGUGUCGUGAGGUAUGCCAGUGGUAUCCUAGUGGAGUUUCAUUUGGGUUGAUGUUUUUUCCAAUUAUAUCUUUUCAAAGAUUUGGAGGAAUUUGGAUGGCUGGGUCCAUUUCAUGG